UCAUUGGGCAGCGAACAUGUUUCGAAACCGUGCGCUGAGAGUCCGAGAUAAAAAUUUGGAAUGCACGGAUCCACUGUGGUGGCACUGGCCUGCAGAGCUUUCUUUUCCCUUUCUUCCGCCCUGCUGGUCCUUCAACACAGGGAAUUCGAGUGUCAGAGAAAGAGACACCCGUACAGAAAGACAUCCACACCCACAGAUUUGUCUGGGACUGAUCGGCGAUGUUAUCCCGAUCUUCCACGCUCGAGAACCAAGGGCAAGAUAGCCAUGGAAAUGGCGGUGUUGUUGAUAACGACGACAACGACGACAUCCAGAUCACUUCUGCGUCUUCGGCCAACACAGGCAUAGCUGAGCAGCUGCAGAACCAACACUCCCGGCAGCGGAGGCGACUUAGAACGGAGAACGAACGCCAGAGGCUCCGCCAGCAACGACAGCAGAGGAGAAACCGACAUGGAGAUGGACCGAGGACGAGCACAAGCACAGGCACCAGCCAGGGUGCAAACGCCACCGCAGGUUCUGGUGCCUCCUCGAACAUCGAUGACCCAAUAGUGAUAGACCUUCAUGCCUCGCAGGAGGCUGUGUCGGGGUUCUACACCAACCCAAACACCCACAUCCAGGACGACGGGCCGAUUUUGAUAACGUCAGACGCAGAGGACCUCGAGAGCAUAGAACGGAACGGACUUGAUGACCCAGGAUUCCACUCAGAUACAGAGGUCUCUGGGUCCACCUCCCCUCGAGUACGGAUGGCUCUCUCAGCAGACCAGACGUCGAUCAGAAACGCCCUGAGUGCUCAGCAGCAGCACUUGCAACACCUCAUCAAUCAGCAACAACAGCGUGAGAAUGCGCCAUCCACCCAUGAGAUGGACGAUGACAUCCAGUUCGUUGGAGAGCGGGAGCUUCCAGACCUACAAAUACUCCGAUCGGCUCCCGGCUACGAGCUCCACACCCCAUCGGGGCCGUUGUUUGUGCCCACCACGACCUCAAGUGAGAUCAGAAGUGCCGGCAACCGAUCAAGAGCCACCAUGGGAAGGUUCGGUGCAAGAACACCGGGCAGCUCAGGGUUUCUGGGUCUGGUCCGUUCCAACAGGAGGGCGACGCCCAGCCAGCAUACGUUACGACAGCGGCAGCUUGAGGCCAAUCGAAGAGCCCGGGACGCAGCAGGGAACACUGUUGCAGACCGUGUCCGAAGGAGGCCGCAGAGAAGCAGUGUGCGUGCCGGACACGAGCUUCAGAACGUGACGGUGAACGGGAGGCCCAGAAAUCACCCGAUCCUCUCGCUGGAGGGUCUGCAGGCAUACUCCAACAUGUACAGAUUUCUCCACUCUCUCGGUUUCCGAGACGACAGCACAGUUUUCCAGGACGUCGGGGGGUUUCCGUGGAUAAGUGGUGGCGGCGACGGUGGUGGCAAUGGCGAGAUGGAGAACGGUGACGGCAGCAACGUGCCGGCUAACGUCAUGCGGAUUCUUCAGAACCGGGACGAGGAGCGGGAGAACCAGAGAAUACAGAUGAGAAACACUAUUGCCACGACAGAGAAGAACAAGAAGGCCAAGGAGGCUCGUGUGGAUCUCCGACAGCGAAUGAAGUUUAGCAACAACUUAGGCGAACAAGGCCAGACGGACGUCUGUCUCUUGUGCGGUGUCACCCUUUUGCAGGGAAUUCCGGAGAACUGCUUUGGAGAAGGUGCAGAGGACAGAGAAAAGGCUGUGAAGCGACUCGUGCGAGAAGGGUUCAUAUCACCUUGGAAAGCGUGGACCCGCUUUACAAAGAUUGAAGUCGACCUAUCUAAAAAAGUGUUUUUCGGUACUUGUGGUCACAUUUACUGCGGCCGCUGUGUCAACAACAUCAUGAAGUUCCGCGGGCUCACGGCUCGGCAACGAAAGGACGAGUUGAACAAGACGAAGAAGGACCCGGCGGCCAGUCUCGAUCGUGUCUCUGCUUGGGACCAAAACUUCGAGAACCCGGCCUUCGCGGCCCCGCUCAAGUGCAUCGCUGACGGCUGUACAAGGCGAUUCACGGGCAAGACGCCUUUCAAUGAACUCUAUGUGUAGACAUCCCGCUAGAUAACUCCCGCUAAGAAGCGUCUCUUGGUUUCCCCGUCCCCCCCGCAUUUGUGCCGCCCGCCAUGUCUAUUUUGUCGCAGCGAGAGCCAGCGAUUGUUCAGCCGACUUUCUCGUU